AUGCCUGAUACGAACCCGUACGAGGGGCACCCCGCUCUAUCCGAAACCGAAGCUGAGGUCCUUUGGCAAUACGCGAAGCUCUCGCAAAAUAUUAAAGAGCUCGUCGCGGAGACACGACGGCUGAGCGAAGCUCCAGACAAGACGUUGUUGAGGCGACUGCGAGCGUUGGAGGUGAAGAUGGGGUUGGUGUUGACACUCUUCAAAGCAUCGGUGUGGGCAGUCAUCAAUGAGCAGCCGGCGGAUGAUGCCGUGGAUGCUACUGUGGGCGAGACUAUUUAG